AUGACUAUAAGCUUUGCAAUUUGGCAGAGCAUAAGCACCUACUUCUCCUCAGUAAUCAAGCUGUUGCUUGCGAUGCGUCGAGAACGCAGGCAGGCAAGAAAGUACCUCGUGAACCAUCUUUGCAGAGGUCACAACUGCGCCGCCCCUGGACGGUCUCACCGUCGAGGUUUGGAUGGCCUUGGUACUUUGCUGAAGCUUCUUGGGAAUGAGGAGUUUCACUUCAAUGAUCCGGACAGUUUUGAUUUCGUGGCCUCCUCGGAUCCAGAUCCAGCUUACCGUCAGGCCCUGGAAGAGUUGAAGCUGGCGCUGACAGCGGUGGGUGGGUGA